UCUCUAGUCGGCCCCAUGGUGAUCGAGUUUAACAUGCCUGUGGACCUGAAGCUUGUGGAGAAACAGAACCCAGAGGUGAAGGUGGGCGGCCGCUAUGCCCCCAAGAACUGCAUCUCUCCCCACAAGGUGGCCAUCAUUAUUCCAUUCCGUAACCGGCAGGAACACCUCAAGUACUGGCUGUAUUACUUGCACCCAAUCCUACAGCGUCAGCAGUUAGACUACGGCAUCUAUGUUAUCAACCAGGCUGGAGAAACCAUGUUCAACCGUGCUAAGCUCCUCAACAUUGGCUUUCAAGAGGCCUUGAAGGACUAUGACUACAACUGCUUUGUGUUUAGCGAUGUGGACCUCAUUCCAAUGAACGACCACAACGCCUACAGGUGUUUCUCACAGCCACGGCACAUCUCUGUGGCCAUGGAUAAGUUUGGAUUUAGCCUACCUUACGUUCAGUAUUUUGGAGGUGUCUCUGCUCUAAGUAAACAACAAUUUCUCACCAUCAAUGGAUUUCCCAAUAACUACUGGGGCUGGGGAGGUGAAGAUGAUGACAUUUUUAACAGAUUAGUUUUUAGAGGUAUGUCCGUAUCUCGCCCAAAUGCUGUGGUUGGCAAGUGUCGGAUGAUCCGCCACUCAAGAGACAAGAAAAAUGAGCCCAAUCCUCAGAGGUUUGACCGAAUUGCACACACAAAGGAGACCAUGCUCUCGGAUGGUUUGAACACACUCACUUACAAGGUGUUGGACAUAGAGAGAAACCCAUUGUAUACCAAAAUCACAGUGGACAUCGGGACACCGAGCUAGCAUUUUGGUAUACUAAUAAGAGACCUGAAAAUGGCCAGGGACCUUUGCUCUGUGUCUCUGCCAAUCUGCUGGGCUGGUCCCUUUCAUUCUUAACAAUCGGAGUGAUAGGCCCCCUUCAUUCAUCAUUCAGAUGCCUUUCCAGAUGACCAGGACGAGUGGGAUAUUUUGCCCCCAACUUGGCUCGGCAUGUGACUUCUUAGCUCUGCAAGGUAUUUGUAAAUGUAGAAACCAUCAGCCUUUGGGGGAUUCUCGGCAUGUUCACAGUGUCACCCCAAAGAAUCAGUACACAGCCCAAAAUUUGGUGACUGUGGGACUCAUUCCCAGUGAUAAACUGCUAAGUUGUUGUGAAAUAGGUAAGAAUUUCGCUUUAAAUUGUGGUAUUCUUAUUACUUUAUGAAAAAUUGGAGAGUGCUGCUGAAAUCAGAUUGGUGUGAUGUUUUUUGUUUGCAUAUUUUAACAGAAAAACACAAUCUCAACCAUUCUCAUUUUCCCCCUUCCCUGCCUUCUUUUAGCAGUAUGCAACUGCUACAAUCGCUGUGUGUGCGUGCGUGUGUCUUCGUAGCAAAAGGAUUUUAAAACUUGAGCCUUGGACCUCUUGCCCUGCUAAUGUGUGAAUUCCAAGGCAGCUUUAGUGUUCUUGGUGACACUGAGGACAAGGCAGCCUUGGGUGUUCUCACAUUCAGUGGCCUUUCUCCAGAUUGUCUGAUUUCUGAAUGUAAAGACUUUUUUUUAAAAAAAGCAGUUUUGUAGUAUUUUAAAGAAAGAACAAACCGGGUUCUAAUUAUGAUCUAGCUUGAUUUUGUGUUGAUCCAGAUUUGCCUAGCUAUUUAGUGUUAAAUCAUGGCAAUUUAUUUUUCUGAGCAUGCUAUAUAAACUUGAAUUUCUUAUGUAUUUUUAUUGUGGUGUUUUAAAUGUGGGGAGGGGGUUGAGCAUUUUUUAGGGGAAAAAAUAAUGUAUGCUAUACUGGCCAUGAAUGGACCUCUGAUUUAGUCAGCAGGCCAGGUUUUGUGAAGAGCAGAAUCACCUUUAGGCCCUUUGAGGGUAAGGCCUCCCUGGUCAGAGUUAUCCUGCUAGACCUCUGGGGGAGGCAAAAGCCUAGGCCUGCUAGACAAAGCUCCCCAUCUCCCUCCCCUCCCCAGGUGGGAGGGAACCUCCACCCCUCUUCCAACCCACCCUGGGACCUCCCCUUGGGGCCCUAGGCUGUGGAGUUGUAAAUGACAGCAAUCAGGUUGUUUACUGGCCCCAUGAGUCUCUGGAGGGGGAGGAAAUCACUGUUCUGGCCCCUGUGGAGUCUGGGGGCCACCUCCUUGGCUGUGCUGGCCGCACUGUCUGGCCUACCUUGCAGGACCCGUUCUCCUCCCCCCACCUUCCUCCUUUUUUUUUUUUUUUUUGCCUUUCUCCUUCCUUCCUCCCCGUUUUUGUUCCUUUGCCUCUUGCCUGUUCCCUAAAACUUGCCUGUCGCACUCAGGGUCAAACAAACUGUUCAUUCUCCAGCAUGAAUGUGCCUUUUAAUUAGUGAUCUAGAAAGAAGUUGAGCUGAACCCUCCCACACUCCCCCACAGCCACUCUGGUGCCUAAAGCCUCCCAUCCCCCUCAGGUUUUUAGCAGGUGCUCCCACUCCAGGGAGGCUGAUCCACAGGGGUGCCGUCUCCAAACCCAUCUCUGCUGGGAGAGGUUUAGCCUCUCUGGGACGAGAUGCACAAGGGCGUUCCUACCACUGGGCGCCCUCGCCGAGUCCAGCCUGGCCGGGCUAAGGGCAAAAGAUUCAGCUGUCUAAUCCCGGAGCUGACGCUUCAGCUGGUGGCAGCCUGGAGCCCCACCCUGACUUCCCGGGAACCAGCCCUUAGUGUGGAGGCUGAGCUGGUGCCCAGCCCCAGUCUUACCUGUGCCUUUAUCGCUUUGAGCAUCUUGGAUGCUCACAUGGUUCCUUUUCCAGAAGCCUUUGUAUUGAUUAAAAAUUAUUUUCCGCUGCAGAAGCAGCUGGGCUAUGCAAAGAGUAUUCUUUCUGUCAGUUCCCCAUUCCUGAACAGCGAUGUCAGCGGAACCAAGAAUGACCGCACUGAGAGGGAGUUUUGGGAAAUGCAAAGAAUGAAGACUUCUCUUUCCAGUCUCCAGAUCCUGACUUUUCCAAAGUGCCUUAAAAGAAAGGAGACAAAUACCCUGGGUGGUAAUUUCUUUUUACUUACUUUACUCUCAAAGAAAAUUCUGACUUUUGUUUGUUUUCCUGUCCCUUUACGUUCCAUUGGAAUAGUCAAGUAUGUGGUUCAUUCUCAGAACCAAGGGAAAUCCUGCUUCACCUGUUGCCCAUUUGCUGACCUUCUGGUGCUCUCAGGGGGCCCACUUGGGCCCAAGGUUAGGCCUGGAUGCUUGCCUGGUUCCUAAGAUGCUGCAGGUCCUGUUGCCUCCCUGAGAAGUUCAAGGCUGAGGGUUCAGGGAGCAUUUCCUUCACCUGGAAGUAGUCACCGUGAAGUUGUUGUAUGCUGCGUCUUUUCUCUGUUUCUCUCCGUCCCGUUGCUGGUGACCCUGUAAAGUGGCCUUUGGGAAAGAGGAUGGCAGUGGCACAAGAGGGUAAAGGAAAUGCUGGUGCUGGCUCUCAGUCUGGGCAGGGGCUCUGCCGACCUCAGGGCUGGGCGUGGGGUGCCCCAUUCAGCCGGGACGGCAGCUUUCCUGUCCUCGAGACCUGUUGUGUAUUUUGAUUUCCCAUGUAUGCAAAUGUACGGAUUUACCAUUGUAAGUGGGCGGGGGGGGGGGGGUGUGUGUCUGACCUUGGUGUUCAAAACAACUGUAAUUUUGUCUUUAAAAUCCAGUAAUAUAACGUGAAUAAAUGACCUUAUCUUUGUAA